AUGCCUGGGAAAGGCAAAGGCCUAGUCGCAGUUGAAGAUAUCCCUAGGGGCACUCGAAUACUCGAGGAGACACCGAUUAUCGCGAUACCGGACAGCCCCCUAAAAGAUAACUUGCUCAAAGCCCAGAUCGUGCAGCAGAUGAACUUCCUCAAUGACGCUCGCGAAAUUCGCCGAAAGCGACUGCAAGACAAGUUCGGGUUCCUGUGUUCAUGCAAGCUCUGCUCUUUACCCGAAGAGCAAAGUGAGCAAAGUGACAAGCGCUUAGCCAGAAUCGACCAGCUAGACGAACUUAUCGGUCGCGACGGUAUGGCGAUGAACUUUUCCCUACGUACUUUUCGUUACGCCGAAGAACGUAUCCGACUCUACGAGGAACAGAUAUCUGGCGAUGCCGGACUCUCGCGGACAUACAUGGAUGCAGCAAAAGUUGCUAUUGCCAAGGGCGAUCUGGCGCGAGGACGCAUCUUUGCAGAGAGGGCGGUGGAUGGAUGGCGAGCAGGUGGUGGAAAUGACCGUAAAGAGGUGCUUGAGUAUGGUGAUUUGUGCAAGAAUCCGGCUAAACUUUCGUUGGACGGCCUAUCCAUGGAGUGGAAAACAUCCGUGGAUGAAGUUCCGCAAGGACUCAAUCAAAGUGAUUUUGAUGACUGGCUGUGGCGUAGAUGGACGAAAGCGUAUGGGGAAAAGAUGCAGUGCUCGACGGGUUUCCGAGACCGGGCAGCUUUCCCGAGUUUCGCGGGUCUGCCUAACAAAGGCGGCUUUUAUGGUGUCCAUGAAGAAUCUGUCAACAUCGACCAGCCGCUAAAGCACUGGUGCUUUUUGGGCGAGAUAACUAACUUCUCCAGCCUCGCACACCUAGAACUAGAACUUGUAGAUUCUGACGACAAGAAACUGCCACUUCACUUCUACACCGAGCAGCGGGGCCAAGAAGUUGACGUUGCUCAACUCCGAGUCGGUUACACGGUUGCUAUUCUUUACGCACAGCGUUAUCGCUUCGUGUAUGGAAAUCCUGGCAUACGUCACGAAAAUCCCCAGAUGCUCAAGAUCUUUCCAACGCCACUCAAGACGCUGCUGGAGCUCAGUGACCGAGAGUGCCAAAAGAUCGGCUGGAAUGAGAGACGUCACAAGGCUGAUUGCAAGAUGCUCAAGCAUUUGGAUUUGCGAGGCCUCCUUGGAUUUGAGUGGACUGAGGCGGAUACCCGUGCAUCGUUUCCAUUGACAGCCGUUGUAUGA